CUCCGUCAGCUCCGUGCUCCGGCUUUGUCUGCAGUCUGGUAUCACCGCGGGGAGGUGCGCAGGGCCGUGGAUCGCGGACAUCGCGCCCAUCGCGGUUCGUUUCGUCGCAGACGUCGCAGUUCGUGGAGCGCGUUCGCGGCGGUGCCCGAGACUCCGAGGUACGAGCCGGAUAGACGCGCGACCGCGAUGAGGAUGGGAUUGCCGCCGUGCGGCCGACAAUGAAUCGCGCUGCGAGUCGCGACCGUGGCCGACCGCGUAGCUCAGGCUGCUCAGGUGCGAUCGUAGAGCCGGAAACGGAGUUGACCGGCGCGAACGCGGCACCGAGGCGUCACCGCCUCGUUCUCUGACGAUCGCGGGACGAACGUCGGUCCUCCCCGAAGGGAAAGAGAAAGAGAGAGAGAGAGAGAGAGAGAGUGUGUGUGUGUGUGUGUGUGUAAGAGAAAGAGAGGGAGGCGAGGGAGAUAGAGAGGGAGAGGGAGGGAGAGAACGAGACGCGAGGACUGCGAGGAGGUCCUCGUCGCGCGAGAGCCGUUGCUUUUUUUGGUCGAGCGUCGCCGACAUGAGCCAGACGAGCCGCGGGCGAGCGAGUCGCGUCACCAGUCGCGCGAACGGCUGCCGCCCCGUCAGCUGAUCGUUCAUCGCACAACGAAAUGUGAGGUAGCGAGCGUUACCUCUACACCUAUCUCUACCUAUCUACCUGUCUACUUACCUUAUAACUAUACCUAAACGUCAAGCCAGAGGACGUCGUGCUUGCUGCCGCGCGCAUCGCGGUUCCGAUUUACGCCCGGCCCGCGGUCCCCCCGCCCUCCUCCCGCGUGCGAACUGUGAGACUAACAGCGUGACCGCGCGCGCGAAGUGCGGGAAGCGGGGAGCACACUGGCAACCGGUUAGAGUUUACAUGGGAACAUGGGGAACAAGAAUAGCUGUUGCGUCUACUCCAGUCCGCAGGUCGGGCGCAAGGAAGGCGGGGCGAAGAUACGGCCCGAGUGCAACUCGCGCCUGGGCCCGGGCCUGGAGGAGCACCUGCCGGAGGGUGGGAUUAGCGUAAAUAAUUUGCAACAUAUCAGUGAACGCGAGCCGGAGGACUGGGACUCCGAUCCGUCGUUGCACCCGUGCGCGGGAACUAUCUUCAUGGAGCGUUCCAAGAAGUCUAUCGAGAAUGGCAUGGUGAGGAAGAAGAGUCAACAUCAAAUAGCGGACACAAGGCCUUUGAAGAAGAGUAGCAGCUGCAGUACAAUAUAUUUAGACGACAGCACGGUUUCACAACCUAACUUGAAAAAUACCGUCAAAUGCGUUGCCUUAGCCGUUUAUUACCAUAUUAAGAAUAGAACGUCGCAGCGACAGAUCGAUAUAUUUGAUGAGAAACUGCAUCCAUUAACGAGGGACGGUGUUUCGGAGGAUUAUGACAAGCAUAAUCCGGAGCAUAAGCAAAUAUAUAAAUUUAUAAGGACUCUGUUUAAUGCCGCUCAGCUCACUGCUGAAUGUGCCAUCAUAACGUUGGUUUAUCUCGAACGCCUACUUACUUACGCGGAGAUAGACAUAACACCGGCUAACUGGAAACGUAUAGUGCUGGGAGCUAUUUUAUUGGCGUCCAAAGUUUGGGAUGAUCAGGCGGUGUGGAACGUGGAUUACUGCCAAAUCCUGAAAGACAUCACCGUGGAGGAUAUGAACGAAUUAGAGAGGCAAUUUCUGGAGAUGCUGCAAUUCAACAUAAAUGUUCCUUCGAGUGUAUAUGCCAAAUAUUACUUCGAUCUUCGUACACUUGCGGAAGCGAACGAAUUAACAUUCCUUAGCGAGCCACUUAGCAAGGAGAAGGCGCAGAAGCUAGAAGCUAUGUCCAGAGUUUACGAAGAUAAGGUCACAGCCGAGGCUCUACGUACCGGUAUUAAAAAGUGGUCCAGCUUAGACAAUGUAUGCAUAGGCGGACCUAGACGUAGCAUUGCUAUUUUAUCUUAAACAUAUGCACGGAUGUAAAAACGGAUCUAAACGCAGAGACGCAAACGUUACUGCUCAGAUUUUAAAUAAAGGUACGUGAAACUUUGUAAAGACAUUGUUACCGAUCAAUUUUAAUGAUUUUUGAAAGAGAUCGUUUGGAUUAUACCAAACAUUUGUGUUACAUCUUUGUUUAAUUAUUGUGGAAUAUUUGAUGUAUUAUAUACAUCUCUUGGCAAACUGUUUUUAUAUAUUGUCUAAACUAGAUGUAAAAAUAUCGCAUAUAUACCGUAAUGUACGACUAAGUUGUAUCAUAUUUCCGUCGCAAGUAUGGUUUGCAAUAACAAUCUUAAAUCUAACAAUUAUAUAUGUACUCUAAAAUGUAGACGUUUCUCAAUUUAUUAUAAUUUCCAACCUUAAAUCUAACCGUUAUAUGUGUACUCUAAAAUUUAGACGUUUCUCAAUUUAUUAUAAUUUCCAAUGCGUUAUUCUAGUUGUCUUCAUUAAAGAAUCGUGAGGUGAUCCGAUAGAGAAAAAUUUCAGAUUGGUCUUCUUUCUAGAUACAAUUCCCAUUUCCAAAUUCUAGAUUCACUUUGAUUAACCGUGUUAUACCGCUAAUUACGGAAAACUAUAAAUAUUAAUCUUAUUUGGCAAUAAAUGUCAAUAUAUUUCUGUUGAUUGUGCAAAGAUUCUACUGUCUGGGACCUUAAAAUGUGGAUAUAACAAAGCAUACGAGAAUGUGAGGCGUACUGACGAAACAAAGGGUGAGAAAGAAAAUGUUUUAGUCGUAGCAUUAUCUGUACUGUCCUUAUGGGAGAAAAUAACUUGUGAUAUAUAUUAGUCAACUGUUCAUUAUCCAAAGCAUUUUAUAUAUUGACUGAAUUUAAUAAGAAUCAAACUUACGGCUGAUUUACUAAUAACAUUCUAAAAAGCGAAAAUGUAUACAGCACGCUUCAAAUUAAAGAUCAUUGAUAUUUGUUAAUAAACGCUACGUAAUUUAUCAAGAUAAUCCAAUUAGAAAUUUGUAAGCCAAAGUUGUAAUGCAUGUCACUUGAUAUGUCCAAAUUAUUUUUUAAGUAUAUUAAUAUAUUUCUUUGAUUUGCCUAACUUCUCACUGUCGUGUACAUCGAAAGUUUAUUAUAUGAGAGAGAAAUUAUCAUGGAUUUAGAAAAUGAAUUAUAUACGUUUUUUUAAUAUAUAAUAUUCCUAUGUACUUUCU